UUUCUCUUUAUUUCCUUCCAAUAGUAUUUCAAGCCAGGACAAUAAGAAAAUGUUACCAAGCUCAGUUGUACAUCAUUUACAUAGUAGAAAACAUCAUUAUGAAAAAGAAAAUAAAUUCAUGGUGGCUAUAAAAGAUCGGUUUCUCUGGCGAUCUUAUUUAGCAAAAAUCGAUGCUAUUGAGGAUACAUUGAGAGCUUUGUCCUUGUUACUACCAGAUUUGAAGAUGCAGAUAUGUGUUCGCAGUCCGUUUUAACUGUGCUCAAUCUUGUAUCAUGCUUUCAUACCCAUUGCCUUAUCAACAAGUCGAUGACCUAUCAUCGACACACAAACGAUACCUUCAACAGCCAUUUCCAUCGACAGCACAAGAUGGGCAAAGUGAUAUCCACAACACUCAGUGUGAUUUCUUAUACAGAGGUCCUUAUGGAGAUGAUAUUAUUACGCAAAAUGCGCUCAAAGACAUACAAACGAUGGCAAUGGAUCACGAUCAUGGAGGGCAUAAAAGCUGUCCUACGGAUUGUUUUACUUUUAUGUACCAAGAAAAGAAUGUUACUCUACCCAAUGCAUUAUAUCCGAAACGUGGAUACGAAUUCUUUAGAAAUGGACAUGGACGAGAAAUACGAGUUAUUGACUUUUGAUCCACGGAAUGGAACUGCCUUAUCUCACUUUUCAGAUCCGACAUCCAAAGAACAGCGUGACGCGCUAACGAACAAUAGCCAUGGCUCCAAUGUAGGUUCCAUCAUGAGUGAGCUUUUGUGGAUUCUUCGCCCACUGAUUUAUGUUGCCAUGACAAUGUACGAACAACAAAGACGACAUCGGCCUCGAGAGAAACACAGCGAUAUUUCUCGCCAUGAAGCACCACGGCGCAAUGAUAAUAAUCAUGGCCACCAAGAAGGACCCACGUCCAACGCUGACGUUGAACAAGAGGAUGGGGUGGAGAAAGAAGAAGAGGCUCUUAGCUGGAAACCUUGGCUAGUGUCCUUGUGCAUAGAUAUUCUUUCUAAAAUGACACGACAUGCAACGACGCCGCUUGAAAGGGACGAAUCCAAAAGGCGCGAUUAUUUAUUCUUAUACUACCUAUUGAGAGGACCUGCUUAUACGAAACUGACCAAAUUCUUAUUGGAUAGAUUUUGUAAUGCAACAGAACAUAGGCCGCUUAUAUCCGUUAUUACAGCUGCUAUCAACGACUACAGGCCGUUCUGGGAAGAUACCUACUUUUAUACUGCAGGAUCAUGAGAAAUAAAUAAUCAAGAAGAAUAGUAAAAUACAGUAUGCCGGAUGUGUUU